GGAGCAGUGCGCAUUUUCUGUCGAUCUGAGGAGAGGACCACAACAUCUGAAGUGGCACUACUGAGCCGAAACGGACAGAUCAGAGAGGAAGGAAACACCGGAAUCUGACAACCGAGAGGGGACAUUGCGGGGUUUUAAUGCACAGAAAGGCAGGUAGCCAAUUUUUUGGACAAUCAGAGUUUGCAACAUCGGCCUAUUUUUUAAAAAUAAAUUGCUGCGGGGUGAGAACAUAGCUUUCAUUGCCAGUUGUGUGUUACAUUACAUAACCGAGUGGCAUUAGCUGUCCAAGGUGCUGAACUGAACGGUCGGAGCCUUUAACGGGACGAGCCGAGGGGAAUUCACAACCUUGCAAGGUCAUAGGCCUACCAGCCGGAGAAGAGGAUCCGCUUAGUGUACCACCGGGAAGCCGCCGGGUGAUAUUCAUACAAUUUUUUCAUCGUCCCGUGGUGAAAUACAUUCCUGAGGUGGUCGAUUCAACGGAGAGAAAAUGUCGGGGCAAACGCUCACGGAUCGCAUUGCCGCUGCGCAAUACCAGCUAACGGGAUCAGAUAUGGCCCGGGCUGUCUGCAAAGCCACCACUCACGAAGUGAUGGCGCCCAAGAAAAAGCACCUGGAGUACCUGGUGUCAGCCACCAAUACCACCAACGUGAACAUCCCGCAAAUGGCUGACACACUGUUUGAGCGAGCCACCAAUGCCAGCUGGGUGGUCGUCUUCAAGGCCCUCGUCACCAGUCAUCACAUGUGUGUCCACGGCAAUGAGAGGUUCAUUCAGUACUUGGCCUCCAGGACAUCCUUGUUCAACCUCAGUAAUUUUAUCGACAAAACCGGCUCUCACGGCUAUGACAUGUCUACAUUCAUCAGACGGUAUGGACGAUACCUGAACGAGAAAGCCUUCGCCUACCGCCAGAUGGCUUUUGAUUUCACCAGAGUCAAGAAGGGUGCUGAUGGUGUGAUGAGGACCAUGACCACUGAGAAGCUGUUGAAAGGCAUGCCUGUUCUGCAGACUCAGAUUGACACACUCCUGGAGUUCGAUGUUCAUCCCAAGGAGCUGAACAACGGGAUCAUCAAUGCUGCAUUUCUGCUUCUCUUCAAGGACCUGGUCAAACUGUUUGCAUCCUACAAUGACGGAAUCAUCAACUUAUUAGAGAAAUACUUCAAGAUGAAGAAGAGUGACUGUAAGGAGGCCUUGGAGAUCUACAAGAGGUUCCUGACCAGGGUGACAAAGAUUGGAGAAUUCAUGAAGCUGGCCGAGACAGUUGGAGUUGACAAAAACGACAUCCCUGACAUCAACUACGCUCCCAGCAGUAUCCUGGAGAGUCUGGAAACACACAUGAACGGUCUGGAGGACACAAAGGGUGGAAAGAAGGGUGAAGGGUCUCCAACAAAGGGGUCUCCGACAAACAAUGUGUCCCCAACAUCAACCCCAGCCAAAUCUUCAAACGCUGUUCCCACACUGCAGCCUCCUCCUGGGGAGAGUGCUGCUGCUGCCGCUGCUCCUGAGCCAGCUGAAGAUUCCUUGUUGGACCUGGAUCCACUGUCUUCCUCGGGUCCCUCGGGACAAUCAGCUGCCCCCACGUCUUGGGGAGAUCUUCUUGGAUCAGAUGCCUUUGCAACACCUGCUCCUGCCACUGAGGCCUCUGCCACCGCAGCUGAAGGUGGGGCUACCGCCACGUCCACCCCAGCCGCCAACGCUGGAGCUGACCCCUUUGCUCCCUCAGAAGGUAGCACCAGCGCAGAGUCUUCAGGUCUAGACCUUUUCGGCAUGAUGACAGUGGAUAAUAAUAACCCCGGUAGUUCGCUGGAUGCCUGUUUUAGCUCUGUGGUGCCUCAGCCCUCCCCCUCCCCAUCCCCUUCACCACUCUUCACCUCCGCAUCCAGCACCAUCACCACCACUGCAACCAUUUCAGCUCCCAUAGUCCCCAGCGCCGCCAACCCUCCGACUGACCUUUUCAGCGAUCUCUUUGAUUCCAUGCCAGACACAGGCUUCACCAAAGCAGACCCCACUCCCAAUCUUGACUUGUUUACAGCAGCGGAUGUGUUCAGCUCCCCUGCCCCCAUCCUCUCCUCCGCACCCCCACCCAAAACUGACACGGGAGCCAUCAUGAGCCUGUUUGGUGAGUCCACAGGAGGAGAUGCCACAGCUGCUGCUGCUCCUGCUGCCCCCGGUGCUGAGCUUAUGUCAGUAUUUGAUGGACUAGGAGAUGUAAUGAAGCCCACUGUCACCCCUCAGACGGGUGAUGUUGACACCUCCAUGGCUAAAAUGGCAAGUAAUCUCACAAUGGGAACCGCAGCGGCCCCUCAGGUAGCUCCCCCCAGUUGGGGUGCUCCCAUGACCGUACCCAUGGGUGUCCCUACUUUUAUGGGGACUUACCCCAGCUUCAGCAUGCCUGGAGCUCCCAUGAUGCCCAUGGCCAGACCAGGCUUCCCAGCCAGUGGAGCAACCCCCGGAGCACCGAUGUCUCCUGGAGUGGCCCAGAGCCCAAGAAAGCCUCCACCACCAAGGAAUGCUCUGGAUGACCUCAACAUCAAGGACUUCAUGUAGACUGGCUGACCUGUAAACCCCCAAGGUUUUGUCAUUGUGUCUGGAGCUCUGUGGAUGUGGAUGUCUGCACUUCCCCACUGCCUUCCCUUCAGUCAUGCCCCAUUCCUUGCAUCCAACCAGCCAUUACAUCUUCGAUCUUUGCCCUCUGACCUCCUACCAGCUGCGACCCCUAAUAAAACCUGCCCUCCUUAUCUAAUGUUGUAGCACAACUGUGAAUGUGAACCCUAGAUACAGAAAAACAAAAUUCAGUGUAUGUGUGUUUGGGUGUGCGUGUAAUUCAGUGUUAACCUUUACUUAAUAUACUAUGGAAAAAUGAACAAAAAAAAUUACUAAAUGUGUAUUUAGAUUCAUUCUGGAUCAGCUGACUUGAAAUGGUGGAUAUAUGUUGGUUUCUUUGCGCAUCUCCCAGACGAGGACUGUGUUGUUAAAUGUGGACUGUGUUCGGUGUAUGUAACUUCACUGCACCCCCACUCCUACUCCUCUACCCCAGUUGUCCAAACAAAUACUGAGCUAUGUUUAUGUCAUUAAAAACUUGGUUGUACCUA